AGGCGCGGGAAUCUGGAGGGGCAUCGCAAGAAGGAAAAAGAGCCCAAAUAUAGAGGAGGGUUUGUGAAGUCCCGCAAAGUGAAUGGAUGGAGAUGGAGGUCCGGCGACCGGCUCGGCCGGCAGCAUUCAUUUUAGUGGCGCCGAUUCUACUCCGCCGAUUGAUCUGACAGGACAGGUCCAUCAACUCCCCUGCUGCGUCAAAUACGACGGACCUUGUUCUGUUUCUCACUACUUCAAACCCAAAUCCUCCGGGAUUGAGGUGGAUGGGCUGAAGGUGGAGGAAGCUUACUUCAGGGGAAGGAAGUUGCAAGGCACCACCAUCAACCUUCCCCAGCCCUAUUCUGGCUUUGUCAUUGGCAAGAAGAAGAGUCUUGGCAAAAGGAAAGUUUCUGAUCAGCUUGAAGAAAACUCAAACUGGGAAAUGAAUGCAAAGUUUCAAAGUAUAACAUAUUGGAAUCAUGACAGUCUUCCCUCACAAGAUGAUGCUUUCUUGCGUUCUUUUCACUUUCUGACUAUUGCUAAAGCUCUGCACCAGCCUGUGGCACCUGAAGAUUUGGAAUCUGCUUCUAUUGCAGAACAGACAAAUAAAUAGGCUGAACUAGAAUUACAGGGAGCUGCUUCUCAAUGCAUUUCUAUUGCCCUGGCACAUAAUCAGCUGACUGGUCGGGUUUAUCUUCCCUACCCUAGGUGCACACAAGAAAAGACUUUCUCCAAUCUAAGGUAACACCAUGAGGUUGGCGUAUGAUCUUGGAUCAUAAUUUUCUUAUGUGUAGAUCUCUGAGAUGACAGGCUUCUAAGAUGUCUCUUGAGUGUAAUCUUGUACAAGAUUUAGUGGAGCAUAUGGUUGCUUUGCAUUAAAAUCUUAUUUCACUUUUGUCUAUUAAA